GCUGCUGCUGUUGCCGAGGGUUUCGACAGUGAGGCUCCCACCGAUGAUGAGAUGUUGUCGGCUCUCUCUGCUGGCACGAAUUCACCUGGUUCUCCGCCAGUCGCUGGAGGCGUCGGACCCAUCGAGCGACGUUCUCGUAGCCGCUCCCCCUACCGGGAUAACUCUGUUUCCGAGCCGGGUGCUCUGACGUCCGCCCACGGUUACUUCGUUGCGCCCUUCUUGAUCUUUUCUCAAGAGUACGCGCCCGAGCAGGUGAACCUCAUCAUGCCCGAAGGCCUUGAUACCCACGAGGUGCUAUUGCGUGUGCAGCGUUGUCGCGCAGAUACCUCGCGGGCACGCUUUCCCGCCCUGGCGGUGGUUUUUCCUCAAACCUCCGGUGCAUUUGGCGUUCUUUUAGCCUGGCCGGGUUGGUGUUCGGAGAUCUUCGCCGUCUUUGAUACGACUCAGGUCAAUGGCGCCAUUUUCUGUUGGGUCGUGUCCCCUGUCAUGAAUAGGGAAUCCUUGCUGGCCGCGGCCGGAUUGGCAGUCUACAGUGACAAUGAGGUUUAUGGGCCUGAGUCGGAGCGUCCUUUGCUUCCCUGCGAGGAGUGCCGAAUGUUCAACGGCGGUUGUGUGUCCUUUGUGCCUGUCAGUGGCUCCCACUUCGUGGUCUCGACACUUGACGAUAUGCUGUUGUCGCGUGAGGGGUGGAGUGUCGACUCUGUCGGCCUGGGCAUUCCCGGUCGCUGGGUCUAUGUUUUGACUGACACGGACCCUUGGAGUAUCGCGUGUGCUCUUGAUAGACGGCGUUUUAUGCGCCAGGAAAUCUCUGAGGCGCUGACGAUCCCUAUCACGUCGCUUUCCCUUCAGCCGGCACGGCCGCCUGUGACUGACUUUUUUGACAGCGGUCGACAUGCGGCAGAGGUUGUGAUCGCUACUCCGAGGCAGGCUGAGCUGGAGGGCUGUCACUUCUUUCUUGACUUGCGCCCCAUUUGUUGUGGGCUUUCUUGGGCUGCCUCCGCGGACUGUCUGGUUGAUGUUGAGGCCAUUCGCCAGCGAUGUGCGCGUUCGGGGCUCCCUGCUAGCCGUGUCGUUGUCCGUGGGGGUAUUGCUGUGGCGGACGGCCAUGUUCGCGUCUUUGCAGGGGAAGUUCUUGAGGUGUGCCAUGUGCCCGCUGACCCGGCCCAUGGUGAGGGUGAGGACCAUGAAGGUUCUUCCCCCCCCGAUCCGAUCCGAGGCAUCGAUGUCGAGGCUGGCUGUUACGCCUCCGAGAGUGCCGGGGCGUCGGAUAAGCGUCGGCGUCAGUCUGACCCUGCGGAGGGGACAGCGGGUCCGUCUUCCAGCCCCGUCUCCGGGCCUCCUGAGAGCAUGUCUGCUGAGGCGACGUCUGAUUCCCGCCCUUUGAGUGGUUCUGCUGCGGCGGUUGCCGCCCGCCUACUGACUGAGCCUGUGUGCGGGAACCGCGAGCAGCUGCAGGCCCUCCAAGAUUUGAGGUUUGUCACCACCGAGCUAGGAGGCGAAUGGCCUUAUAUCCCGGUUGAUGAAGGAACAGAGGACCGUGUCGGCACCGAUGACGCAAUGUCGGAUGAGUUCCUCUUAGGCUCUGCUGUGCACUGGAUGCGCGCGCUGGUGUUGAAGCCCCUUUUCGCUCCGGAGGAUUUGCGCUUUGCCAUCCGGCUUCCCGCUCUGUUGGAGGACGUCCGUCUUGCUGUGCGAGACGUCCGCCGACACGAUCUGUCGGAUGAUUUCCCUACACUUCUUGAGGUCUUCCCGCAGCCUGUCCCUGGCGUUUGCACCUUCCUUGCUAACCCUGCUUGGUUGGGGCUUGCCAUGGUUGCCUGUAUCGAUGCUCGAGACGUAGAUGGUCGGCUUUUCGCAACGCAGGUGCCGGAUUAUCUGGACCUCGGCUUUGUCGUUGGUCGCCCUUCCAGCUGA